CCCGCCCUCAGCCGCCGCCGCCGCAGUCAUGCAGUCCCCGGCGGUACUCGUCACCUGCAGGCGCGUUCAGAACGCCCACACAGGCCUCGACCUGAGCGUGCCGCAGCACCAGGAGGUGCGUGGUAAGAUGAUGUCCGGCCACGUGGAGUACCAGAUCCUGGUGGUGACCCGGCUGGCCGCGUUCAAGUCAGCCAAGCACAGGCCUGAGGACGUCGUCCAGUUUUUGGUCUCCAAAAAGUACAGCGAGAUUGAGGAGUUUUACCAGAAGCUGAGCGCUCGCUACACGGCGGCCAGCCUGCCCCCGCUCCCCCGGAAGGUGCUGUUUGUUGGGGACUCUGACAUCCGGGAGAGGAGAGCUGUGUUCGAUGAGAUUCUGCGCCGGGUCUCCGAGGACGCCGAGCUGGCCAGCAGCCCAGAGCUGCUAGAAUUCUUAGGCACCAGAUCGCCAGGGGCUGCGGGUCUCGGCAGCAGAGAGCCCUCUGACCGUGACCCAGACAGCCAGGCCGGGGACCACGAGGAGGCUUUUGACUUCUUUGAGCAGCAGGGACGAGUGGCAGGUGAGGGUCCGCCCAUCCUGGGCCUGAAGGGCGAGGAGCCAGAGAAGGCCUUGGACGAGGAGGAGGAGGAAGAGGAGGAGGUGUUGGAUCCCCUCGGCAUCCUGCGCUCCAAGAAACCCAAGAAGCGCCCGGAAGUGGCGGCGAAGGCCCAGCCCUCGCAGCGGCCCCGGCCCCGGCUCACCAUUUUCGAUGAGGAGGUGGACCCUGACCAGGGGCUCUUCAGCCCUGGUGGGAAGGUCUCCUCCCAGGGCCGCAUGGAGGACGAGCCUCCCACGGACCCCCUGAAGCUGUUCGAUGAUCCUGACCUCGGUGGGGCCGUGCCCCUGGGUGACCCCUUACUGCUGCCCGCUGCCCAUGAGCGUGGAAGGCCCACAUCCAGCCCAGGCCCCAGAGCUGCCUCUGAGGAGCUGUUCAGAGUGGAAGAGGAUUUGGACCAGAUUCUGAAGCUGGGGGCUGAGCCCCAGCCCCAGCCCAAGCCCAAGCCUAAGCCACCAGUGGCAGCCAAGCCAGCACUGCCCAGAAAACCAGCACUGCCCCCCAAAGCAGGCCCCCCGGAAGCCGUGGCUGGGCAGCUGAAGCAGCAGCAGCAGAUCCAAGCCAUGGACGAGAUGGACAUCUUGCAGUACAUCCGGGAUCACGAUGCUCCUGCCCAGGCCGCCCCCAGCCUCUUCUGACCCCCAGCUGGUGCCGGGCUGGGCCUGGAGGCCCUCCUGCCUGUGUGAGUGGAGGGUGCCUGGUGGGAUGCCAUGGUGGCCUCCUUGGGUAUGCUUCUCAUGUCCAGGGCUGUUUUUUAAUGAAAUCUCCGAGGGAGGGGAGGGGACACCGAGCCCCGGGACCCUACACUGCAUUGCUCCCUUUCUCCCAGGCUCAGGGGUCAAGCAGAGGUCACCACAGGAGCAGGAGCCCACACUGGCACAGCUCAUGUCGGCAUGGAGAGGAGAGUGAGUGUGGGGUUCCUGGCUAGCCAGGAGCCCGGCCCCAAGGAGGGGUUGGAUUUGGGGGCAGCAGCUCUGGGAGGGUGUCUCCCUUGUCCCUCCGAGUCUGCCAACCCAGCAUGGGACAGAGGGCCCAGCUGGCCUGGGCCUGGGCUGAGGGUGGCAGGUCCCUGCGCUCAGGGUGGCCGCUGUCAUGGGCCUCCUGGGAGAGGGAUGCUGGGCAGGAGAGCCCAUAAGUCUGGGGUGUGCUGACGUUAGCCCCUCCUGAGCCUCUUCCGGUUGCCAGCUCUAUGGGGACAAGUUGGAUCCCUGCCAGGCCCCAGACUUCCGCCCUCUUGCUUUCCCAGGAAGGGCCUGGCCAGGUCAUGGCCUCCUUGGGCCUCUGCACACAGAGCCAGCAUCCACCAUCGCCCUCUCAGCAGAGUGGGCCAUGCGUGUCCCAGAGCUCUGCUGGGCCUGGGGCUUGGGUGGGGCUUCCUGUCCCCGGGGGUACACAGUGUGCUCGGGCUUCUGCUCCUCGGUGACCUGUCCCCAGCGGGGCAUGUGCCAGGGCAGGCCACGGCCUCCGGUGUCUCCCAGAGCUCAGCGCCCUGGUCGCUCAGCGGGACAUUCCAGGGAGCAGGGGAGGUCAGGGUGGCCUCCUGCGUGUGUUCUUCCCGUUCAGAGCCAGUUUUUAAUGAAACGCCAUCACUGUUAAUGAGAUGUGGCCUCGUGUUCAUUGGCUCUGUCCUGCCUGCCUGCGGGCCCGGAGUUAGCCCGGUCUCCAGUAUGCCAAGCUCCUCCCUGUGCCAGGACCUGCAGGGCCAGGAGCGCUGAGUCUGAGCUGUCCCCUGUCCCCUGCCCAGUCCUGAGCAGGCCAUCCUGCCACCCCUGCCCGGGCAGUGGGAGGAUCUCAGAGGUGGUGGAGCAGGCUAAAGCGGUGCCCCUCCCCACCCCUAGGCCCCACACUCUGACUGCACAGGGCGGCCUUGCUGGAGCAGCAGGAGGCCACUCACCUCCUGCUGGCUCCAGCUCGCCUCUCCUGAGCCCCGCCCCCUCCCACCUAGUCUGGGUGGAGUCAGAAAGGAGCAGAGCGGGGCAGGGCAGGAUGAUGGGAGAGGGCCUGGUUCCCUGGCCAGGCGCCCUGAUGGACCUGGCCUGCCUUGUGGUGUAGGUUCACCUGCCAUGGGCCCAGCCUUCUCAGGGUCUGGUGGUCUCUGGACUCCUCAGGGAAGCGUGGGCUCCCCAGAGACCCAGGCUUCAGCUGUGGCUCAGUUCUCAGUCCUUGAGCUACUGGCCCAUCCAUCGUCCUGUGCGCUCUCUGCUGGAGCUCAUUCCCACAUCUGUUGACUGUGCCUUUCUGUGCCUGGGCUGAGGGACACAGGGAAGAUGGUCAGUGAGAACCCCGGGGUCAGGCAGGCACUCGGCACUCCCACAUCUCAGCCAAGUGCCUGGCCUGAGUCCCGGCUCCGUUUCCAAACCAGCUACCUGCUGACGUGCACCAUGGGAAGCAGAUGGGGAUGGCUCAGGUGCUGAUUCCUGCCACCCACACGGGAGACCCAGGCUGAGAGCCGGGAUCCUGGCUUCAGCCUGACCCAGUCCUGGGUGUCGGGGGGGCAUUCAGGGAGUAAACCGGCAGGGAAAGCUCUCGCUCUGUCCCCCACCUCCCCUUUCUGCCUUUUGAAUAAAAGUUUUUGAAGAAAAUAAAAAAAAAUAUUUUGGAAUAAAGCAAUGGACUCAACCAGGCUGCUGCUUGGUAGGGGAGGGAGGGGAAGGGGAGCGUUCUGGUCCUUCUUUCCCACCAUGGAACUUGAGGCAGGAGGCCCAGGGACCUAGGCCAGUAACUGCUCAGCCAGGACCUGCCUGCCCCCAGCCCUCACCUCCUGUCUCCCCGAAGCAGGAACCGCUGUGGGCUUGCGUCAGGCCCGAGGCCCCUUCACCCCCAGGGCAGAAAACUUGGCCUGGCCUCUGCCCUCCUGCCAGGGCCAGGCAACUCUGCAAGCUGGCGUGCCCUGGAGAAGCGGCUGCCUAGGGAGCUGGGGCGGCCGCAGGCUGUGUGAGCUGUGACUUGGGCUGGGAUCUUGUAGCUGAGAUUGGAGUCCAGGCCCCAAGGACAGGAGGCUGGGCCUUUGAGAGAAAGACUGUGCAGUCCCAGAGCCUGCAGCAGAGAGCUCGCUAUGGACAGGAACUCGGUUUUGUUUGGGACAGCACAGCGACACUUGUUUAUUUUGUAAGCCUGUUGUGAGGCUGUGGACAGGAUGUGCCGCCCGUGGCUGGCGUCCCACGCUCCCUCCCGCCAUUGUUCUCUCAGGAAGCCGUAAACUCGGGUCGGUUGGUUCUGGAAAGCCCCCGUGCUAGGGCGGGUCCUGGCCAGGCCCCUAUCAUGGGCU